UCUCUCUCUCUCUAGUUGAUUUUUAUUUUUCACCUAUUUCAAAGAAAGCUUUCGCGAUUGCUUCUUGUUCCGUUGGUCCUUUCUCGUUUCAUCAGAUGCAAGCCCUCAACCCCAUCUCCCCGUCCUCCUCCAGUCUUCCAAUCACCACUAUUUAGUAUUUACCAUGGGACAGGAAGAUAUUUGUAGCGUGAUCAACUUUCCUCCAGAAUUCCAUCGUGGUAUUUGUGUUUAAUCGUGAAAUUAAAGUAGGGUUUUCCAAAGGACCCUCGCCGUUUCUUACAAGUUGGGGAAGGCCGCUUGAUAUGAUGGCUACAAGCUGGGAUGGAAGUAAUGACCCUGGCAGCCAGUCUGAUGAGAGCUACCACUUUGAGAGGCUGCAUAUUGAGCCUAUUUAUGAUGCCUUUGUAUGUCCACUGACAAAGCAAGUUAUGCGUGAUCCUGUUACAUUGGAAACUGGACAGACUUUUGAACGUGAAGCAAUUGAAAAAUGGUUCAAGGAAUGCAAGGAGAGUGGGCGUAAACUAGUUUGCCCUUUGACUCUGAAAGAACUAAAAAGCAUAGAACUAAAUCCCAGUAUUGCUUUGCGUAACACCAUUGAAGAGUGGACUGCAAGGAAUGAAGCAGCGCAGCUGGACAUGGCUCGCAGGUCAUUGAACAUGGGUAGUCCUGAAAAUGAUACAUUACAGGCUUUACAUUAUGUCCAACACAUCUGCCAAAGAAGCCGGUCUAAUAAGCAUCUUGUCCGUAGUGCGGGGCUUAUACCUAUGAUUGUUGACAUGUUGAAGAGCAGCAGCCGUAAGGUUCGUUGUACGGCUUUGGGAACCCUUAGGAUUGUCGUGGAAGAAGACAAUGAGAAUAAGGACUUGUUGGCUGAAGGGGAUACUGUGCGCACAAUAGUAAAAUUCCUUUCUCAUGAACUCUCUAAAGAAAGAGAGGAAGCUGUGUCUUUGCUUUAUGAGCUCUCAAAAUCAGAAACUUUGUGUGAGAAGAUAGGUUCAAUCAAUGGGGCUAUUCUAAUAUUAGUUGGAAUGACAAGCAGCAAAUCAGAAGAUAUCUUGACUGUUGAGAAGGCUGAAAAAACAUUGGAGAAUCUGGAAAAGUGUGAGAAUAAUGUGCGACAAAUGGCUGAAAAUGGUAGACUGCAGCCUCUUCUGACACAGCUCCUUGAAGGUCCACCUGAAACCAAACUGGCCAUGGCUGGAUACCUUGGUGAGCUGGUCUUGAAUAAUGAUGUAAAGGUCCUUGUAGCCAAAACCGUGGGUUCAUCUCUGAUCAAUAUAAUGAAAAGUGGUAAUAUGCAGUCCAGGGAAGCUUCACUGAAAGCUCUUAAUCAGAUAUCAUCCUGUGACCCAAGUGCAAAGGUUUUGAUAGAGGCUGGAAUACUUUCACCUCUUGUCAAUGACCUUUUUGCAGUGGGUCCUAAUCAGCUUCCCAUGCGACUAAAAGAAGUCUCUGCUACAAUUCUUGCCAAUGUUGUGAACUCAGGCGAGGACUUUGAUUCCAUCCCAUUUGGACAGGAUCACCAGACUCUCGUUUCAGAGGACAUAGUUCAUAAUCUACUUCAUCUUAUAAGCAACACUGGUCCAGCUAUUGAAUGCAAGCUUCUCCAAGUCCUGGUUGGACUUACUGGUUCUCCAACUACCGUUCUGAGUGUUGUCACGGCAAUCAAAAGCUCUGGUGCCAUUAUCAGUCUUGUUCAAUUUAUUGAGGCUCCACAGAAAGAUUUACGUGUAGCAUCUAUAAAACUCCUUCAGAAUUUGUCUCCCCUCAUGGGCCAGGAAUUAGCUGAUGCAUUACGUGGUUCAGUUGGACAACUGGGCAGUCUAAUUAAAGUCAUAUCAGAAAAUACAGGAAUUAGUGAAGAGCAGGCAGCAGCUGUUGGCCUUCUAGCUGAUCUGCCUGAGAGGGAUUUGGGGCUCACAAGACAGAUGCUAGAUGAAGGUGCCUUUCAGCUGGUCUACUCUAGAGUGAUUACCCUUAGGCAGGGAGAGAUCAGAGGCAGUCGCUUUGUGACACCAUUUCUUGAAGGGCUUGUGAAGAUUCUUGCAAGGCUUACGUUUGUACUGGCUGAUGAGCCUGAUGCUAUAUCAUUCUGCCGUGAGCAUAAUCUUGCUGCACUGUUUAUUGAACUGCUUCAGGCCAAUGGACUUGAUAAUGUACAGAUGGUUUCUGCAAUUGCUUUGGAGAAUCUGUCCCAAGAAUCAAAGAAUUUAACAAAAUUACCUGAGAUGCCAUCUCCUGGUUUUUGUGCCUCAAUAUUUCCAUGCCUUAGCAAACAGCCUGUCAUAACCGGAUUGUGUAGGCUCCACCGAGGGUUAUGUUCAUUAAAAGAAACAUUUUGUCUAAUUGAAGGGCAGGCAGUACGUAAGUUAGUAGCCCUACUGGACCACACAAAUGUGAAUGUGGUUGAGGCAGCACUGGCAGCUUUAUCUACCUUGUUAGACGAUGGAGUUGAUAUUGAACAAGGGGUGAUGGUGCUUUUUGAGGCAGAAGGAAUUAAGCCUAUACUUGAUGUAUUACUUGAGAAACGGACAGAAAAUCUGAGGAGGAGGGCAGUUUGGGCAGUUGAGAGAUUGUUGCGAACUGAUGACAUAGCCUAUGAAGUUUCUGGUGAUCAAAAUGUGGGCACUGCACUUGUUGACGCUUUCCAGCAUGGUGACUAUCGAACUCGACAGAUUGCUGAGCGUGCUCUCAAGCAUGUAGACAAGAUUCCAAACUUCUCAGGAAUUUUUUCAAACAUGGGAUAGACACAGACCCCUUACAGUUCCCUAUGCCUCUCACUUCAAAGAUUUGUAUGUAACUUUUACUUUUAAUGUUGGGAUAGGGUUGUCUUUAACACUGCACAUGCAGUUGGAGAGAGAAAAAUGAGGGGGAGUACCACUCAAGCGGGACUUGCCCUUUCUUCCUCUCUCACUUUCUCUUCAGUCUACCCCUCAUCCUUCCACGACUGCACAAGGUAUAGUUUGGGAGAGGAUUUGUGCCUGAGCACUUUUCGAGUCUAUUGUAUUAUUUGUUGUUAUUAUCACCGGCUUUGCCUCUAAAUGCAAUUGAAGUUGUCUUGCACGAAUUACCCAUUCUUUUAGAAGGUACCAAAAGAUGUUUAUUUGUUGUUA